AAUACAACCUCAGGGCGACAAAAUCUUAAAAGAGAAUUAGGUAAAAUCCCUUCCCUGGGGCAUGAGAGCCCCGGCCAGAGGAGUGAGCUCGUUCUAUGAGGAGGACCACUUUUUCUGAAAUCCAAUACAGAGCGUUUUUCAGAGCAAAGUCCAGUAAGAAGAGCAAAAGAAAAUAUCUCGAGGAAACAAUGAGACAGUGGCGCCAAUUACAGGGCACAAGAAAAAAAAACCAAACCAAUCCUUGAUUUCUUCCGAAACUAGUGAGAUUGCGCUAUGUUCUAACCAUCUGAUCACUUCUCUAGCAAUAUAGAACAAGUAGAAAUAUUUCGCUUUAUUUAUUGCAGAAAAAGUUACUGGAGUGAAAAGAUCUCACUUCAGGUCUCGGACGAGCCGGAGGUGGUCCACACACUACCGGUUUUUCAAAACAAGGCCUCCUUGCGAGCACAUAAAUCAUGAAUACCUUAGAACCCGCUGUUGCUCAGGAAAAUUCAUAGACGACAAGAUACUACAGACAUGCUGUGCUGGACUCAUCGUAAUUAAACAUGUCAUGCCAUCUUUCUGCCACCCGCAUUACGGGUGUGGUCGUUUCUGGUUUGAUGUCAACCGCGAAAGGUGCUGCUAUGGUUCCCAAGGCGUAGACUGUCAAGAUGUCCAACCUACGUGUGAUUUGACGCCAUUCAACCAGACAGUACAGGUGUGCUAUGAAAGCUAUUAUUUGUAUAUGAUAAAAAACCAA